AGGAGAUGAAUCAACGAGUUGACAACGGCGAGCAACGACGUUCAUCGAAGUAUUGUUCAUAGAAAGCGGUUAAAAUUUGAGAAUUUCUCAAAUAAAAUUGUUUAAAAAUAAUUAAUUGAGUUGUGUAAAGUAUUUUCCUUUAAAUAUUGAACUGAAAUCUGUACAUUUUUGUUUCUUCCAACUGUUGACGCUGUUUUAAGACGGCACAGAUAGAGAAGAAAAAAGUGUAGAACAAAGCGUCGACUACUGCGACAAAGUCGAGAAAAGUGGAAUAAGAAGAAGAAAAGGUAGGAAGAAGAAGACCAAAAGCGACAGCAGCGCAGCGGUCGGGUAACGAGAACGACAACGACAUUAGUGCCGGAGAAGAAGCGAAAGCAGCAGCAGAAAUAAAACGUUUGUCAAAGAGAAAAAAUUUGUAGUAGAGAAAAGUAAAAAAUUGAAUUUCGGAAGCGCAGGCGACGACGAAAAAUAAAAAGGUGUAGAACGCUGAAAACUGCUGUUUAAGAACGACGCAGGAAAAUAACUAAAUUGAAAAUAAGCUAUUUAAAAGGAUUGUUAAAAACGAUAAAAUAGAAUGUCUGAACGUGAAAAUAAUGUGUACAAGGCUAAGCUGGCGGAGCAAGCCGAGCGAUAUGACGAAAUGGUUGAAGCCAUGAAAAAGGUUGCUUCGCUUGACGUGGAGUUAACUGUCGAAGAGCGCAACCUCCUUUCUGUCGCCUACAAAAAUGUAAUUGGCGCACGACGUGCUUCAUGGCGUAUAAUUACAUCCAUUGAACAAAAAGAGGAGAACAAAGGCGCCGAGGAGAAGCUUGAAAUGAUCAAAACCUACCGCGGGCAGGUGGAGAAAGAACUGCGAGAUAUAUGUUCCGAUAUUUUAAAUGUGCUGGAAAAGCACCUCAUUCCGUGCGCCACAACAGGCGAAAGUAAAGUGUUUUACUAUAAAAUGAAGGGCGAUUAUCAUCGCUAUUUGGCUGAGUUUGCCACCGGUUCGGAUCGCAAGGACGCGGCAGAGAAUUCCCUGAUUGCCUAUAAAGCAGCCAGCGAUAUUGCAAUGAAUGAUCUGCCGCCAACACAUCCCAUUCGCUUGGGAUUGGCGUUGAACUUCUCGGUAUUCUACUACGAGAUUCUCAAUUCGCCGGAUCGCGCCUGCAGACUAGCGAAAGCAGCAUUCGACGAUGCCAUUGCUGAGCUAGAUACCUUAAGCGAAGAGAGUUACAAAGAUUCCACACUUAUCAUGCAGUUGCUGAGGGAUAAUCUCACAUUAUGGACGUCUGAUAUGCAGGCCGAUGGUGAUGGCGAACAGAAGCCGGAGAUUCAAGAUGUUGAAGAUCAGGAUGUGUCGUAAUUUAAGUAACCCUAAAUCCUUACUUAAUUCUAAAACUCCUCUAUAUACCUUUUCCUACUGUAAUACAGCAGCAACAACCACACAUACAUAAAAAAACGAGAAGCAUUAUAAUACACUGCAACAGCAACAAUGAUAUACAUUAUAUACAUUUCAAUUGCAUAAAGAAUAAAAAAAAAUUCUAUUUCAGAAAAACACUUAAAAAACUAAAAAAGAAUUCAAGCAAAUUCCUCCUGCCCCCGCUCCCAUUCAAUGUGUGAACAUUUUUUGCAUUAAACAUAAUUAUUAAAACCAGAAUUAUUAUUAAAGAAAACAGAAUAAUUAUUAAUAAUAACGGUAAUGAUAAAAUACAUCAGUAUAAUAAUAAAAUAAACGAAACCAAGAAUAAUUAUUUUAAAAUAUAAAAGAUAUCUAAUCAAGAAUUCAAUACAGACAUAGACAUUCACACUCAUACAUAAAUUAAACCUUGCAAACGCAAUAAACGGAAUGUAAUAGACGGAAAAAGGGUUUACUUUAAGGGAUCUAUAUUUAAAAAAAAUGAUUAAAAUAAAAAGGAUAGAAAUAAUAGUAAUAAACAUAAAUUAUAUCGCUAAAAUACAAAAGGAGCGAACUACAGUCGGUAUAGGAGGCGAAAGGAAGAUGAGAACUUAAAUUAGGAAUGAAUAGUAGACACAAAGUUUGAAAUUAACCAUUACAAAGAAAACGCAUAAAGCAAUGAAUUAAUAAAUGAUUGCUAAAUUUACGAUCUGUAUCAUUUUGCUGAUACUCGCUUUUGUAUUGUAGUUGACAAGACAAAUUGGAAUACUGACUACUCCUCCGUAUUUCUCUGAAUGGUGUUGAUGAUUAUAUUUGACCGAUUUCUACAAAUAUGUUUUACUCGUUACGGACCUCUGUAAAAUUGUUGGUCUUUUUUUACAUUUCUAACCCAAAUUGACACAUAUAAAAAAAAGCUUCAUAUUUGAAACAAGAUUGCCCUGCAUAACAUCACUACAUGAAAGUUAAAGACGGACAUUUAAUUAAGAAAUUAAACACGAAAAGCAAGAACGAAGAACGAACGUCAAUCGAUGUUUUAUAUACAUAUAUUCGUAUAUUUGAUGCUACAGUAUGAAUACUACAAUAAGAUCCUAAAUUUUCAAAAUAAUACAAAUAAACGAAACAAAUUUAAAACCAA